UGACAGUUUUCAGAUGUCAAUGCCAAGAUUUUAGUCAACGAAAACAAAGCCAAAAGCGACUCGUUGUGUUUCAGUCGAGCUUUAUUAAGGUGUGAAAAUGGAUCGUUUGUUGCGUUUGGGUGGCGGGAUGCCGGGCUUGUCUCAGGCGCCCCCUCCGUCCGACGCCCCCGUGGUGGACACCGCCGAGCAAGUCUACAUUUCAUCGCUAGCCCUUCUGAAAAUGUUAAAGCACGGGCGGGCCGGCGUUCCCAUGGAAGUGAUGGGGCUCAUGUUAGGCGAAUUCGUUGAUGAUUAUACCGUGAGGGUGAUCGACGUGUUCGCGAUGCCCCAAACCGGAACUGGAGUCAGCGUGGAGGCUGUGGACCCCGUUUUUCAAGCAAAAAUGUUGGAUAUGUUGAGGCAGACCGGGCGGCCUGAGAUGGUAGUGGGUUGGUACCAUUCGCAUCCGGGUUUUGGGUGCUGGUUAUCAGGGGUGGAUAUUAACACGCAGCAGAGUUUUGAGGCGCUUUCAGAGCGGGCGGUGGCAGUGGUGGUCGAUCCCAUUCAGUCUGUCAAGGGGAAGGUGGUUAUUGAUGCGUUUAGGUUAAUUAACCCAAAUAUGAUGGUUUUGGGGCAGGAGCCUCGCCAGACGACGUCGAAUUUGGGGCACUUACAAAAACCCUCCGUACAAGCUUUGAUUCACGGGUUGAAUAGACACUACUACUCUAUUAGUAUAAAUUAUCGUAAGAACGAAUUGGAGCAGAAAAUGUUACUUAAUUUGCACAAAAAAUCGUGGAUGGAUGGGUUAACGCUAGCCGACUAUAGAGACAAUUGCGGGAUUAACGAAAAAACGGUCGCUGAUGUGUUGGAGUUGGCGAAAAACUACAACAAAGCGUUGGAAGAGGAAGAGAAGAUGACACCCGAACAGUUGGCCAUUAAGAACGUGGGUAAGCAAGACCCGAAGAGACACCUCGAGGAAAAAGUGGAUCUCCUCAUGACCAACAAUAUUGUCCAGUGUUUAGGAGCUAUGUUAGAUACCGUUGCAUUUAAAUGAUUCUGUAACAUGUACGUGACUUGAUUAAAUUAUAAUAAGGCGUA